GCUGGGUCUUUUUUUUUUUUUUUUUUUUUUUAAGUGUGGCUCUCAGCUGCCGAGGCAGAUGAUGAUGAUGAUGAUGGCGGAGCUGGUUCAGGGACAGGCCUCGGUGGCUCAGCCCGGAACGAAAGAUGACUUCGCAGAUGCCUUACGCCGGGUCCGACAGAUGGCAGCAAAGAUGGGUGGAGACCAGAUGCCCAGCAUGAAUAGUUCCCCUCCAGUCAUAGACCCCACCCUGUAUGGCUUUGGGGGACAGAAACGCUCAUUAGACAAUGGAGUAGGGAACCAUCUUGGUACAAUGGUACAUCAAAGGGCUCUAACAACAGAAGACUACAAAGUGCCUGAUAAGAUGGUGGGAUUCAUAAUUGGAAAAGGAGGAGAGCAGAUCUCGAGAAUUCAGUUGGAAUCUGGUUGUAAGAUCCAGAUUGCUGCAGACAGUGGCGGUAUGUUGGACAGGCCCUGCACACUGACCGGGAGCCCAGAGAACAUAGAGCAAGCGAAGAGGCUGUUGAGUGAGAUUGUGGAGCAGUGUCGGUAUGGUCCAGGCUUCCACAGUGAAAUGGAUGGCAACAGUGCCAUCCAACAGAUCCUUAUCCCUGCCAACAAAGUCGGCUUGGUCAUCGGCAAGGGAGGAGAAACCAUCAAACAGCUGCAGGAGAGAACAGGCGUGCAGAUGAUGAUGAUUCAGGAUGACCCCAUGCCUACUGGAGCAGACAAGCCCCUGAGAAUCACUGGGGAUCCCCACAAAGUACAGCUAGCCCGUGAACUUGUGGUGAAGCUCAUCAGGGACAAGGACCAAGGAGAGUUCAGGGUCGGCAGAGGAGAUUUUGGCCCUAAAAUGGGAGGAAACAGCUUGGAUGUGGUUGUGCCAAGGUUUGCUGUUGGCAUCAUCAUUGGUAGAAAUGGAGAGAUGAUCAAGAAGAUUCAGAGUGAUGCUGGAGUCAGGAUUCAGUUCAAACAAGAUGAUGGAAUCAGUCCUGAUCGAAUUGCCCAGGUGAUGGGCCAGCCUGACCACUGCCACCACGCAGUCCACCUCAUCAAUGAGCUCAUUCAAACAGCUCAGGAGCGUGAUGGGUUUGGGGGUAUGAUGGGACGCCGAGGGCGAGGGGACUAUAACAUGGGAGGCUCUGGUGGACUUCAAGAGGUGACAUAUGCAGUACCUGCUGACAAAUGUGGCCUUGUGAUUGGCAAAGGUGGAGAGACCAUAAAAAACAUCAAAGAACAGUCUCGUGCCCAUGUGGAGCUCCAGAGAAAUCCUCCCCCCAACACAGACCCCAACGUGCGAAUCUUCUCUAUCCGUGGCACCCUUCAGCAGUUGGAAAAGGCCCGCCAGCUGAUUGAUGAGAGAAUUGGGGCCCCAGGAAUGGGGGGUAACAGCAACUUUAGUAUGAAUCCCUACAACCAAGGGCCAACCAGUCCUCCACAACAUGGAGCUCAGGCCUUCAUGACUGGAGGAUGGGGUACAACGUUUCAGAUUUGGCAGCCACAGGGCCAGCAGGAACACAGUCACGAUGGAUCCCAGACGGGCCAGAUGGAUUGGGAGCAGUAUUAUAAGAAGCUAGGUCAGCAGAACCAAGCCCAGAGUAGCAGCCCUGAGUACAAUAAAGUGUGGGGCCAGACCGCUGGUCCUGGAUCACAGCAGACAUCUGCUCCAGAGUACAGCACCUGGGUUGACUUCUACCGACAGCCACUGGCAUACUUCAACCAGGGUGCACAACAGACACAAGCCCCGGGUCUUCAGGAUCAUUAGAGGAGACGCCCAGGUGAAAGACUUGAAGUGAAGAUGAAAUUACCUUUUUCUUUUUUUUUUUUCCUUUUUUAAAAUAUUGGGCUCUAGACUUGCAGCGCCUGGAAGACUUAGUAAGAAACACUAGCUGUAGAAUGACUUAUAAAUUAAUAUUUCUAAAUCAGGAACAUUUAUUUGCUACUAAAUGCUUGUGUACACUGAUAUUUUGAAUAGACAGUAUAUUUGAGAUCCCUUUAUGGACUUGAGAGAGCUGUUUUUUUGUUUUCUAUAUUUUGCUGUUUGACUUGGAUUGUACUGCCAAAAUGAACCAUUUCAAAAGGCAAUAUGAUCUAUAUUUUUUUUCAUAGUUAUAUUGUAACAGAACCAUGAUUAUUAUGCUUAGCAGUCUUGAAUACACUUGUCACGUCAUAAAAUGUUUAAAAGUGUGUAAAAUGUUUUCCUCUUGCGUAAUUCAGUGAAAUGAAACUGUGAUUUUUUUUUUUUUGUUUGUUUGUUUUGUUUUUUUGUUACGGCAAAUAUAUUUUUGUUACAAAAUGGAUUGUCGGCAAAUGGCAGUAGUUCUUAUUUAAUUCCUGUUGUGCAUUGUAUGCUGUUUUCAUUGUCAUUUUAUUGUACUCUGGUUUAAAAAAAGGUGCAAUAUCUUAUUUCACUUUUGAAACAGAUGGGUUCUCUAAUAUUUUUAACUUGUAGUUUUAAGAUGUUCUUUUUUUUUCAAAUGGAAAUAUCAUGGCUAAUUUAUUAUAAUCUGAUAUAUAGGAUUUAGGGGAUGUUGCACAUAGCUUUUUUUGUUUUUUCCCUUUGCCUUUGCUACCUUGUAAAAGUAUGUAUAUAUGCUCAUGUAUCUGACUGUUAAUUUAAAAUGUUUUCAUAUUUCUUUUCCCUGUGGUCAUGAUUGCAGGAAAAUUGUCCCUCUGUUUUCUUACUGAAAAUGUUCAAAGAUUGUGACUGUGAUUUGAAAUUUGAUGUUGCAUCUUAAGAGAAAUAGUAAAAAUUUUUGUAUGUUAUUUCUGUACCUAUUCAAGACUGCUAAGCCUCUGUAAUUCUGUGAUAAUUGUAAUUUUAUGUUUUAAGUAUUAUGAUCAAAAAACCCUAUUAGGUACCACCCAGUUCACUAACGGCCGCGGAGUCCCUACGAGGGCUCAGUGUGACGUUUGACUCAGUCCAGUGCUAAUAACUUUUAUUUUUUUUUUAUUUUUUUUUUUAUUUCUUUGUGUGGUCUAAUAUAAAUUAUAUAAAUGAUGCAUUAUGGAAAAAUGAUUCUGGUAUUAACAUAAUUUCUUAAUGAAAAGGGAUAUAAUUUCAGUUUUUUCCUUGUGUACAGUUAACCAUGUAUUAAAACUUUGAAGACUACCUUUGUGUACUGUUAAGGUGACUUUUCAUUUGACAAUGUUUGAUGUCCUUUGUUACACUCUGAUGCUAAAUGAUGAAUAUUCUUGGUUUCACUUUCUAAGACCUCUAUUGUAUAUGCGAACAGAUGAUGCACAGAAGGUAUAUAAAGCUCAACUGUAUGUUUUAUAAGCAGAAAAUAUAUAUUUUCUAGACAAUUUCCAGUUCUCAAAUCCAAAUAAAUUCUCCGCAAGCA